AUAUAAUAUGUUAUUCUUCUAAAAACAAAAUACAGUCGUUGUUUAGUGACUUUGUUCGUAAAAUAUACUUAUAUAAAAGUCCCAAUUCCCAAGAACCACUGCAGUAGGCGAUACGAGGACAGAACGAAGUAAUUGUCUCGUUCUAAAUGCGGAACUCUCAACUUUGUCGCAUGCAAUGCUUUACUAUACAGGCGCACAGUAUUAUACGUACUCUGUGUAUGUAUGUAUGUAUGUAUACACGCGUCGGUAUGUCGCACGAGACAAGAGGAAUCUAUUCUCGGAGACGUCCACGUCACAGUGACCCACUUACGUAUCAAUUUGUAUGACAAUAUCCAUUCACUAACUAAUUGCAUUAGAUAAUACAAGAAUAUUAGUCAAAUUGUGUUCUUUCUACAAUGUUUAUCAAAAUAAAAGUACUUUCGGAGUAGAGGUUCAAGGUUCCGCGCAUGCGUGGAUCGGGAGUCUGACGCCUGCGCGCUGCAAACGUCAAAUCUAUUUCAGUAAAGCUUACGGCGCGAGCUUAUAGCACCGCUUAUAAACGAAAUAAUACAUUAAACUUAUUGCCACAACGUUUCAUAGGACACAGUGCGUUAAUCUAGUGGGAAACGUGAAGGAUGUGCAAGAAAACGAUACUCUAACAUGUUAAUAAUAAGAGUGAAUUUCCAAAAUGCAGCAUUGCGCCAACGAAUCGAUUCGAACGUUCCCUGAUGCCAAACACAGUAUUUAGUGUGAAAUAUCCACAGAAUGGAGCCCCUCAUAGACAGGAACAACUUCGCUAUCAGCGCCAUGGUGACGGUCGCGAUGCAGAUCCUGUUCUUCACCAUAGCCUCGUUGUUCCAGAACGACAAAGUGACUGACUUCACUGGCGGGGCCAACUUUAUUAUCAUAGCCUUGCUGACGUUCUUCCUCGGGCAAGGAGGCUCCCACCUCAAGAGUUACGACAGUCGCCAGCUCAUGGUGACUGCCUUCGUGUGCCUCUGGGGCGUCAGGCUCUCCGGCUACCUCAUUUACAGAAUCUAUCACAUAGGUAGAGAUAAGCAGUUCGAGGAUCGUAAGAGUAAUACUCUGAGGUUCGCAGUGUUCUAUACGUUUCAGGCAGUCUGGGUGUACAUAGUGAGUUUGCCAGUAAUUAUAAUGAACUCGCCGCAUCACUCCUUCCCCAAGUCUCCGAAGACGAUGACGACACUGGACUCGGCGGGCGCCGGGAUAUUUGUCACGGGAUUGUUGAUCGAGACCUACGCAGAUCUACAGAAGUUUGCGUUCAGGCAGGAGCCAGCCAACCAGGGCAAGUGGUGCAACGACGGACUCUGGGGACUGUCGAGACAUCCCAACUACUUCGGCGAAGUAGUGCUGUGGUGGGGAAUAUUUGUCAUAUCACUAAACGUAAUUAAUGGCAUCGAAUGGAUCGCGAUCCUAUCUCCGUUAUUUACGACCGCGAUCAUAUUGUUCUUAUCUGGUAUACCACUCCUCGAACGAUCCGCUGACGAAAAGUACAGAGAUAACCCAGAUUAUUUGUAUUACAAAGCGUCGACUUCGCCUCUGAUACCGAUUCCGCCAGCAAUUUAUGUGGAAGUGCCACGAUUUUUGAAGUUCGUCUUGUGCUGCGAGUUCCCCAUCUAUGACUCGACCACCGAGGAGUUCCCCGCGCCCACUAUUGUCACGGAGACAACCAGCAUCUCGAUGGUGCAGUCUCAGACAUAGCUAACAAACGCCGCGCGCGACAUCGCCGCGGCCACCGACCAGAUAGUGAAGCAGCACAACCAGAAACAAUUGUGAUACACAGCCGAGGACAGACAACACCGGCUGCCAAACUCUUUGCCACUUAAACAUAACAAC